CGCUAUUGGCGCGGCCACACUGCUGGAAGUCUAUCAACUUUUUGUGACAUGAAAAUUCAACGAGGACACUGUGUACAUGAAUAAUUAAAAAAUUAAAAUGGUUUCCAUGCAAUUUGUUUUGCAACCGCUUCCGGGCACGGACGACCAGUUUAUUGAAAGAAUUCGCGAAGUGUCGGAAAAAGUCAACAGAUUUGGUUAUGGCACCCAUCGCAUAUUCGAGCAGCUGAAAAUUCCGGUGAGGGAGGUGGUCAUUGGACCCACGCACAUUGGAGUUUUGCUGGAAGAUGGCAAGGCGUUUCGCGUUUCCUUUUCCAUAAACUCGGAGAAACUUGACUUGACAAAAUCAGAUGCAAAAUGUUCCACAAGUGGUGGCGGCGGAACGGCCAGUGCCUCGAAGGCACCCUCCUCAUCGCGACCGAUGGCCCGGUCCAGGGCACGACUCCUGCGCGCCACAGGCCGCUCCAGUUCCACGGGACAGGGUUCUGGGUCGCGCAGCACGGGCGUGAUUAUCGGGGGCAGCACCUCGAGCCGACCCUUGGUCACAGUUCCGGCCACUUACGUGCCGGAGGAGCUUAUAUCCCAAGCCGAGGUGGUUUUACAGGGCAAGAGCAGAAAUCUCAUUAUUAGAGAAUUACAGCGCACCAAUUUAGAUGUUAAUUUAGCUGUGAAUAAUUUGCUUUCCCGCGACGACGAAGAAGCCGAAGAUACCGAGGAAGGUGCCGAUAACUACGUGCCUGAAGACCUUAUCUCACUGCUGGAUAAUGGCUUUAGCGGAGAUAACAACAGCGUCAUCAUUGAUCCCUCAGAUGGACUUUUCUCGGAGGAGAUAUUUAGCAAUUACUCCAGCAUUCGAAACCUUCUGUUCGAUCGCAUUCGUAGUGAACGCAGUAAUGCCAAUGCAAAUGCCGCAGACAGUAAUCAAUCGACCCGCUCCACAACUUCGGGUGCGGCUUUAACAGGUAGCAGUGGACUAUCGGCUCAAAUUUCGGUUAACGCUGACCGCGAAGCCUUCAGCCGUUGGCGUGAUCGUCAGUACUACGGACCACGUCGCUGGAUUAGCAAAGACGACUACACUUGGGAGAAGGAUGCUGAUUCCAAGAAAAAGGAGCCAUCACCAAUGCUGUCCCCGAUUUGGAUAUCGGAAGAGUUGCAGCCAUGGCCGGAGAAAAGUUCGGUGAGGUUUAAGACCAUAGGCGCCUUAUACUCGGAGUUCAUUGCCUUGUCGGAGGGCGGAGAUUUAUACCAGUGGCGCUGGGCAGAUGCAGAGCCCUACAAGUCAGAGACGGAAAACGUGUAUCAUCCCAAAACUGCGGCACUCAACAUAACUGAAAGAGUGGAGCUUAUUUCGGCCAACUUUAUCAGAUGUUCCGUGGUUACAGAAAGCAACCGCGUCGCCACCUGGAUGGACGAGCAGCUGGGGUAUCUCGGCGCCAAGCUAGAACACAAUUCUUGCUCCUUCAACGAGUUUAUAUCGGACAACAUAACAAAGAUCUAUGUCUGCUCGCUGUACACGGUGGUCAAGACCGACAGCAACAACAUCUACUGGUGGGGAGUCCUCCCAUUUGAUCAGCGACGAUACUUGUGGGACAAAUUCCGGACAAAGACAAAGAAGCCCUUUAAGGUGGUGGCAACCGAUAUUAACGUGGGCGCUCAAGUGAUAAUGAAGAAGUGCCCCAUUUACCAAUCCGGAUCAAUCGGAUUCACGUGCUCCAAUGGCGUGCCGAAAGUUGGACAGCUCUUGAACUCGGUUUGGAACUUUACCGAUGUGUGUCGCAUGAAAAUCAUUAAUAUAAACACAAAUUCGGGAGUGGACAAAACCCAAGCAGCUGGCCUUAACCUAAACGCCCAUGGAGUUGCGCCAGAUAAGGAUCUGCCAAAGGCCACGGCCAUUCCAAGCAGUGGGAGCAGUAAGAAUGGACAGUCCUUCUCAAAUAGCAAGGAGUCGACCGAUCGCAUAGACAUGCCACCUCCGCCGUCGCCGGCAUCCAGCACAUGCAGCGACACCGGCAGCGUCACAUCUCACAAGCGCACCAAGCGAGUGACCACGAAAGAGGACUCAAACGCCCCCCAGGAGGGCCGGAAGGAUGAGGAGCUGUGGCAGCUGAAGGACGUGGUGUUUGUCGAGGACAAAGUGGGCCCAGUGGGCAAGGUGCUUAAGGUCGAUGGUGACUUUGUGGCUGUUCGCUUUCCUGCAAUGAACGCAGCAGCCGCUGCAGUUGCUGCUGCCGCCGCCACCGCAAGCUCCUCUUCCAAUGCAGCCUCCACAUCCAAGGAAGAGGGCAAGGAGGACGACUGGCAGCAGUGCCGUCUGCUGCGCCGCGAGGAUGUCCAGAUAUUCCGCACUGCUAUGUCCACCCGUGGUCCCGACUGGUUGCAGAAGCAGCCAAAGAAGAUCAACGUCGGUGCCGAUGCGGCUGGCGUCCAGCUUCUGACCCUGGCCGUGGACUCGCGCGGCAUCCAUGUGAUCAAGAAGGUGCUUGGCAAAAUCCACUACAGCCUGUACAACCUGUAUAACAGCAAGCAGGAGCAGAACUGCCUGUUUCCCACGGACUGCGCCUCUUUUAUUGGCUCCUCGCCCGGUAACAUAUUGAUGGCCUGCAACAAUGACUGCAGCGGAAACAGCAGCACAAUUGUGCUCCGGGAUGGCAAUGGAGCCCUGUAUCCCUUAGCCAAGGAUUGCCUCGGGUCGAUCAAGGAUCCCCAGUGGUUCGACCUUCCCCCGGUAAAGUCCAUCACGAUGUCCACAAUAUCGCUGCCGGCAAUGCUCUCUGGCGUGAAUUUGAAGUCAAAGGUGUGCAUGACUGCUUUGCUCUUCGACACCCAGAAACUCAUGCCGCACAUCUUGCGUUGCGAUGUAAAGAAUAGCUUUGCCGCCCUCAGUCGCUUGGAGAGGGAGGAUCAGGCGGAUACGGCUCUGGUUGUUGAAGAACGUUGCGAUGGAGCCCGAAACAUUUUCCAUGCGUGUGUGAUUAUGUGUGCUCCAUCCUCAAACAAGGAUUCACCACCGGACUCGCCUAGCGGUGGUGUCGAGAAGAAAUCCCUAGCUGUGGGACUCUCCGUGGCGCGCUCCAUCCCAACGGUGUCGACCAGUGCUUACGUUAGCAGCAACGCCUUUGGAGCAAAUGCGUCGUCCAGCAAUGAAAACUCCAGCUUUGCAACCAUGAGCUCUUCCGCCGCCGGAUCCUCUUCCUCGACUAGCAGGGAUAGUCGAAUGAACCUGCGCGACAUGAUGCACCGCCUAAUAAACAGCGAUCAAGCAGAACAGUCCGGCAGCCAGCCAAUGGCUACCAAUAACGAGGACCACGCCUACAUCCCCUGGCCAGCAGAGGCACCGGCAGCCAGCAAUCUGAGCGCCAGCUCUUCGCAGAACAUUGCGGACAGCAUUGAAGAUGAUAUAUCGAAGAUAAUUCCGUCCUCUUCCCAGAGUUCCUUGCUCUCCAACAUCAAGUUGGGGUCCCCUAAUUACACCUUCGACCUCGCCCAACGACGAGAGCAUGCCCUACUGAUCCUGCAGCAGAUGUGUGUCAGUCCCGCCCUGCGUCCGUACCUCUGUCAGAUGCUUAGUACCAAGGAUGCACAGGGCCAGACUCCCUUCAUGCUCUCCGUUUCCUGUCGCGCCUAUGAGGCAGGCAUCAUACUGCUGAACACCAUCCUCUUGCUGUCCGAGCAGGAUCCUCCGCUCAAGGAGGCCAUGAUUUUCCCGACUGGUUCCCCCGCGGAUCAGUCGCCACUGCACGUUAUCUGCUACAACGACACUUGCUCCUUUACAUGGACAGGAGCUGAUCACAUUAACCAGAACAUAUUCGAGUGCAAGACUUGCGGCCUUACCGGAUCCCUGUGCUGUUGCACGGAGUGUGCGCGGGUCUGCCACAAGGGCCACGACUGCAAGUUGAAGCGCACGGCGCCAACUGCCUACUGCGAUUGCUGGGAAAAAUGCAAGUGUAAAGCCUUGAUCGCUGGAAAUCUCACCAAGCGCUUCGCGCUCCUUUGCAAGCUGGUCUCCUGCACGGAUUUGGUCACAAAGUUCAACUCCAAGGGUGAAUCAAUUCUGCUAUUCCUCAUCCAAACGGUGGGCCGACAAAUUGUAGAGCAGCGACAGUAUCGCUUUAACGUACGAGUUCGUAGUGUCGGCACCGCUGCCAGCGGGACGAACGGCAGCAAUACAGUGAUAUCCAAUCGGAAGGCUUCUUCCGUGGACAUGGAUAGCGACAUGCCGGACCACGACCUGGAGCCACCGAAAUUCGCUAGAAAAGCGUUGGAACGACUGUUAAUCGACUGGAAUGCGGUACGCUCGAUGGUCAUGAGCGGAGCGGAGAAGACCGAGGUGCCGAAUCCAAGCAGUGGAUCUGAGAACUCCAACUCGGAAGGCUUCAACAUGUUCAUCCAGACUCAGCAUGGCUCCACACUCCUCGAUAAGUUCACCCAUAGCCUGAUUGUGAAGUGCACUGGCGACCAUCUAGACACCUUGCUGCUGACCCUGGUGCGGGAACUGCAGAACGUUAGCGUUGCCAAUCGCUGCAAGGAGGCGGAGGAAGUGGCGCGUCGUUUUGUACGUUCCGUGGCACGCGUCUUCGUCAUUUUCAACCUUGAGAAGCAGCCCAAUCCGGAGAAGCGCAAGACGCACACCUCGUGCAACAAAUACGUUCAGAGCUGUGUGAAAGUAUUCCAGACGCUCCACAAGAUAUCCAUUGAAGAGUUGUGCGAAGUAUCCGAAGCCCUCAUAGCUCCUGUAAGGCUGGGGGUUGUAAGGCCCACUGCUCCGUUCACAAUGUCAUCAUCGAAUCUGGAUAACUCUGACGAUUUGUUCAGUGUGGAUCCCUUGGCACCCUCCAACGUGGAGUCUUCUUCCGAGCAAAUACUGGGACACGAUUCUGGAAACGAUCAGAGUCCCAGUUUUAAUAUUCAACAAAACUACGACGUAGUUGCAAUGGAAACUAUACGCGACGCCUCCGAAUCGGAAGAAGUUAUAAAUCGGGAAGCCAACUCCCACAAUCAAGACGAUGAGCUAAUAGAAAAUCAACGAAAUGAGGACGGCAUGCAAGACGAUGAGAGCGAUAAUGACUUCACUUUUAAUGACGCUGAGACUGAGUCGGACUCCGAUGACAACCAAAGCAAUCAAGAGGUGCAGAGGAGCGUUCAAACUGGGGCAACAGUGGGCUCAGAAAACGACAUUGGUGUUCUGUUCCUGGAGGAUGAGUCGGGUGACUCUUCGGCCCAAGAAGAAGAUGGUUCGGAGGAUGGAGAGUCCGACGAUCACUCUGACGAGUUCAACUUCAAUGACCAGCAGCUGGAACGGCGUAGCACCAACUCGAACGCACGCAGCGAUCUGGCUCCUCAAACCAUGCAGUGGGCUAUAAGAAACCGUGACACAGCACGCUCUUCCGUGAGGGUACCCACCGGAUCCAACUUGGUCUUCAUCGACCCAAUGGCGCUGCGACGCUCCACUGUACCGGCCAGCACAACCGUCACCACUCCCUCGAUCGAACCUCAUACCAUGGCGACAACGGCUAGCAACUUGGCACGUGCAUUUGGAAUCACAAUAAGGCAGAUCUCCGAGCUUAUAAGCAUUCUGUCUUACAACAUAGUGAAUGACAUCGAAACAUCAUUGAAAAUCCAAAGUGAUGAGGCGAUUGCAGUUCAAGCAUUUGUAGAAAAGCGUUUGAAGGCUACUUGGGAUUGGAUGUUCACUGUAAUGGACGGAACCGAGGCACAGUUAAAGUUCGGCGCUUACUUGACUAACUACACCGAUCCCAACCAUCCGCUGCAUCCGCUCAACCUUAGUGCUCAGGCUUCGACUAGCCAGACGCCUGCUCCUGCCACAUCUUCUUCCGUUAGUGGUGUAAAUGUAAUGGGAUCCAAUUCACGACGAGACUUCUUCACCUACUGUUUGUCCCUGAUGCGUGCCCACACCUCCGAACACCGAGAUGCACUGCCAGUUCUGGAUAUAACAGCUUUGCGUCACAUUGCCUAUGUGCUCGAUGCCUUCGUUUACUACAUGCGCAAUGAUACGGGCUUCUAUGACAAGCAAGACACCAUUUCUGGCCGCAUAAACAAUCUCUCCCCCAUGGUUGAGAGCUAUGAUACGGACGACGAGUUGACUAACCUGGAGGACUUCAACGCUGACGUACAGCCGUCUACGAGUAGCAUGCCUUCAGGAAGCCAGGGGACACGCCGACACGCUUUCUUUGCGCGCUCAGAAUCAACUCUGAGCUUAGGCUGCUCGGCGCCAGAAGGCUUCGAUCUGCCACUGGACAUGGCCAUGCCCCUCGCCGACAAACCACACUUGCUGCAGCCAAAUUCAAAGCGCCAGGAGCUCUUCGCAAACCUACCGCUGCUCGUGACCACGAGUGCAAGCAACAGCGCUCCCAGUAACAGUGGUGGCAGUAUUUUUGAUUACACACCCACAAGGCUGGGAUUCUCGAAUUCCUUGAAAAGGAACGAGCAUGUUUAUGAAACAGACCCGGCCAAGCAGUCGAUGGAGGUCGUAGUCAAUAUGGAUACCAGUAAGACGGGUGAUGGAAAUGUAACUUAUAAGGCUGAGGGCUCUACAGACUCUAAUAUUUACGUACAAUUGAAGAAGAAGCAGGGCUCGGAUGAUUUCAAAUCCCACAAAGAGGCUGAUGGUAAUCACAGCAAGUACGAUAAAGUGGUGCUAAUGGAAACUGAUGAUAUCAGCAGUCUUCCCAGUACCAGCAAAUCGACUGAGGCGUUAAUGGCCACUCGGCCGGAAGUUAUUAUUGCGCCAAACAAAGCCUCAGUGUCACCGGCGACAGCAGCCCGCAGCGUUAUAGUUCUCGCAGGUGGAUCCUGUUUAAAGACGAUUGAUUCGGACCUAAACAACUUCUCGGCCUCAAAUUUAUCGACUGCAGAACAAGCGAAAUGUGAUAUACAUCAUCAAAAGUCAACACCACACCACCAAUUAAGUUUUCCCGUUCGCGGCUCUCUGUUUUACCAAAGUAAUUUCUCGGAAUUGCCGUCGUGGAACUUUUUGCUGAGUCGCUGGAAGCUCACCCUGGAUUUAUUCGGCCGUGUCUUCAUGGAUGACGUUGGAAUGGAGCACGGGUCCGUGUUGCCGGAACUGCGCGGCUUCCCCGUCAAGGAAAUGCGUUUCCGUCGUCACAUGGAAAAACUGCGCAACGGACAACAGCGCGAUUUGGUUCUGUGCAAGCUGGAGCGCAAUCGUGAAAGUUUAAUUGUUCAGACGUUCAAGGAACUGAAUACCCAGUUUGGCAACCAAAACCGGCGUACCCAGCCGCCCAUCACAUUUAACCGCGUGAAGGUGACGUUCAAGGACGAGCCGGGAGAGGGAUCCGGUGUGGCGCGCAGCUUCUACACAUCGAUCGCAGAGGCAUUGCUGGCCAGUGCCAAGAUCCCGAAUCUGGAGUCCGUUCAGGUGGGCACCAGCCACAGCAAGUACGGAGUGCCGUUCUCGAGCAUCCUGCGCAGCCGAACCGUGUCGGGAUCUAGUCGCGAUCAGUCCACACUGCAGAGGCGUGGCACCAGCAGCAAAAUACUGUGGCGUUCGGCUCGUGAGAGAAAGGCAUUGAAUUUGGAUGCCAGACCGUACACGCCAGUUACUAAUUCAGAUAAUGCAAUGCCAGAGAGCUUGAAUGAUCAUUUGUCUGUCCACCUACAACAAAUUGGCGAACGUCUCUACCCCAAGAUCCACUCGAUAAACCAAACGCAUGCACCGAAGAUUACAGGAAUGCUGCUGGAGAUACCUACUCCACAGCUCCUGUCCGUGAUUUCCUCAGACGAGACACUGCGUCAGAAAGUUAACGAAGCGAUAGAAAUAAUCACCUUCAAAUUAAAAUCUGAGGCCAGUGCACAAAGUAGCCAACCAAAAAAAUCACCAUCUGUGGUGCUGGUCGAACCCGUGGACGACGAUAAUGAGCCAUUAUUUUACUCUCCGGGAAAGCGGGGCUUUUACACACCGCGCCAAGGCUUUGCAUCGUUCGAGCGCAUUAAUGCAUUUAGAAAUAUUGGAAGACUUAUUGGACUAUGUCUACUCCAAAACGAAUUGCUUCCAUUGUUCCUGCAAAGACAUGUAUUGAAAUACAUUCUUGGGCGUAAAAUUAAGUUCCACGAUCUGGCAUUUUUCGAUCCAGCCCUGUACGAAUCUUUUAGGCAAAUUAUUCAGAACGCCCAAACAAAAGAAGGCGAGGAAACUAUUAACCGAAUGGAGCUCUGCUUUGUGAUUGACUUGAUGAAGGAGGAGGGCUGUGGCAACCGAGAGCUUAUCCCAGGAGGGCGCGAAGUCGCGGUCACUUCGGGUAACAUAUUCGAGUACAUCAGACGAUACACAGAAUACAGACUAAUCAAAUCCCAAGAGAAAGCACUCGAGGCACUUAAAGACGGAGUUUUUGACGUCUUGCCCGAUAACAGCAUGAAUAGCUUGACCGCCGAGGACUUGCGUCUGCUGCUGAACGGUGUCGGUGAUAUAAAUGUUUCAACAUUGAUUUCAUACACUACCUUUAACGACGAAUCUAGCGAGGGUCCGGAUAAACUUUUAAAAUUUAAGAAAUGGUUCUGGAGUAUUGUUGAGAAAAUGAAUAUUUUGGAACGUCAGGAUUUGGUGUACUUCUGGACAGGAUCGCCUGCGCUGCCAGCUUCGGAGGAGGGAUUCCAACCGUUGCCAUCUGUCACCAUAAGACCCGCGGAUGACUCUCAUCUGCCGACUGCGAAUACUUGUAUAUCUCGGCUGUAUAUCCCCCUGUACUCCAGCAAAUCCAUUUUACGCAGUAAAAUGUUGAUGGCCAUUAAAUCCAAGAACUUUGGAUUUGUAUAAGCGAUUGGAAAACUUUCCUAUUUGUAUAAGCAUCAAAAUCAUUUCUUAAUUAACUUAAGUUUUUUCUGAGUUUUGACUUGUCAUAUUUAACCAUACCAUUCCCAUUUUGGAUUAUCUAUUGUUUUAAAUUUUUUUCGAAUUUGAACAAUUUUUACGUAACACUUAUUCAAAGAGAUUGGCGCGGGUCAUGACGGUCUGGCUUGACCUCACCUUGUAGUAAAAAUAUGAAAUUUCCAAACAAUAAAUAUAACCAGAAAACGGCCAAUUAGGUAUUAGGAGCCUAUGUUUUAAUUAUUAAACUUUUAAAUAAAAUAUGUUUUCUAAAGUA